UUCAUGACGGGGCUUUAUGGUAGUUGGAUUAUAUUAUAAUGUGGGUUUAGUUUCUGAAAUUCCAUGCACGUGAAUAGUCAAUAUAAGUAAUACUAAUAGUAAUGAAUGUUAUAAGUAUUAACAGGGGCCUUCGUUUAUUCAUGGCGUUUAUUCUUGUAUUUUCUCAACUGUGAAAUUCGUACAAAACCUGGCAAACCUUUAAAAUGUUUGACAUUUGCGAUUUAAUGUUAUCAAAAUAAACUUUAGGGCAUUGUAAAUAAAGUUUAAUAUUGGCCAGAAAACUCUUAACUUAUAUCUUAUCAAACGUCAAAGUCAAACGUUAGCAAACAAAACAAAACGAUUGUAGGUAUUAAUUGUUGGCACUUGUUUGCAAUAUAUUAUAAUUAUAUUGAUUUUUUAGACUCUAGUGCGAGUGUAAUGCGUAAGCGGGUAGUUUAUUCUUAAUAGUUAUACCUGCAUGAAAAAAUGAAAUGGAUUCAACCACAUUAACAGUGGAGGAAUUUCUAAAGUCAGCCGAAGAUUUCGAACAAAUCUCCGACAGGUUAAACGACGGAUGGACAUUGCACAAAAACUCGGUAGACCUCCACAAAUCAUUUAUCAGGAAAGAGACAUUCCUCGUUCAAAAUGGAGAAGCAUCCGAUAUGGUGAAAGUGGAUUAUGUUAUAUUCUACAACCUGAGUUAUGGAGUACCCUCAUUCAGUUUCAAUAUGUGGAAUUCAUCAGGAGUUUUUCUUACUUUGGAUGAAAUUAGGGAAAUGUCCUUUGUUAGGAUCAACAAAAAGGAUUUCUAUUCCAUAAUAACACAGCAAGAACAUCCAAUCUUCCUCCGGCCCUACUUCGUAAUGCACCCAUGUCAAACUGAGGACUUGCUGGCAACUUUUAGAAAAGAUUCAAAGAACAUAAUUGUUACUUUCUUAAGUCUCAUUACACCUCUAAUAAGAUUGAAUUUGCCGUUAGAAUAUGGGCUCUGAAUAAUGAUGAGAAGUGGCUAACAC